GCACAGAGGUUCCUUGCAUCAGCACCAGUGGAGCAGCGCGGGGUCCCGCUCACAGGCGCUUUCUCUGCAGGUGUUUGGAGAAUCCUUUUAACCAUUUGGUUUAAAGUUUUAUUUGAAUUGGAUCUAUUUUCGCCUUUGAGGACUUCCACAUUAGGACAGGCGUUUACGCAAGGAUGUGUGGCGUGGACGUAGACCUGGACGAUGGCUCUGGGGAGGAGGAGAAAGAAGAGGAGAUCUGGGUUGGGGAGGGGGUGAAAAUGCUGCCCCCGCCCGUGGCUCAUAGUGGGGGGAGUGCAUGGGGAACCCGUAGAGGCAGGUGUGGGUGCCUGGCCUGGGGCGUCCUGCUGGUGAUGUGGGAUCUGUGCAUUGUGGUGGCCUGUGCUCUGCUCCUGGCUCUGGUGUUUGCUGUGGUGCUCCUGCCCGCCAUGUUGCUGCUGUACGCCGGCUUCCUCUGUCAUUCAAGAGUCCUUGACGCGCGGGCCGCCAUAUGCCAGUACCUCGACGACAACAGCUGCUCCGCUCUGAUCAUCCUGGGGUUUGUGAUGAUGUCGCCACUGGUCGUCGUGGCAGCAGCAGUGUUCUGUGGGAUCCUCAGAAAGUUCCGUAUCCUGUUUUGCAUCCAGCCCAUCUCCAGAGCCUGGUACAGAGGCCGGCUGCUGGACUGGGCCACCAGUGUCCAUGCCUGGGUCUGAUGGACAUAUGUGCUCAUUUACAAAACACACAAAGGACUUUCAUUGGGGCAGUAGAUAAUAGACAAAAUAUUCAGUAUUUUAGUCUUGAUUCAUGUGGUCUGUGGUUCUUUUGUCUCACACUAAGGCUGUCUUGUUGAUAAUACAUUUUGAAGCAUGAUAUAUUGCUCCAGAGAAAUACCAUGAUAAAUGAUAAUAUUGAAACUACUUUAUGUCACUGACAUAAAGCAGGAUAAAUAUCAGAAUGAAGCAAUAAUUAGCCAAGUUACUUAUUGAACCCUCUGAAGUUCAAAUUGUAUUGUAUUACAACAAAAAUCUCUUCAUUAUAGCAAAGAAAAAGUCCCCACAAUAAAUACUGAGCCCAAAAAUAUAUUGUUCCAGCUUUCAUGUAUUGAAUGAUAAGUCGAUAUAGCAAUUAUCAUGACAGGCCUAGUGUGUCAUACUGGCCCAAGGAGGAAGACAGCAGAAAAAUCUGUUAAAAUGAUCUAGACACUUUACAAACACAUCCAGUGACAAUUCUGAGAAAGCCGCAGGCUGGGCACCAAAAUAUGUCAUGACACAAAAAUACGGUGAAGCCGCUGUCAGGGCAGAAUGCUCUUAUGGCUGGGCUUAAGACCAUCACCACAUUCUAUACACCUAUAAUAACUGAUAGAUGGAAGGGCAAAUAAACUUACUGUUAUUUGCAGAUUUGUGUUGUUAUAUAGUGAGUUCAACAUUUGUGUAUUCUCUUUUCAGUUGUUUCUUAUGAGAAUACCAUGUCAGGAGAUCAGACUCUUGCUCUCCAUCUGAGAGUGUGGCACCAUCACAUUAUAGAAUUUGAAAACCACAUGUUAAUGGAAUAUGAGAGACUUCUUAUUUUGUCUAUUUCUAGCUGAGUGAUGUGACGUGUUCGGGUAUUAUCUUGGUGAAUGUAACCUCUGUAUCUGGACUAAUGAGUACAUCCUGUAGAUAUUUGUGAUAUACAAAUACAAACUAUCCAUUGACUGUAUAUAGGUAAUGGUAUACAUUUAAAAAUAAUUCAUUUCUCAAAUAUUCAAUGUACAAUGUAUUUGCCAACUUGCUGUAUUUAUGAGUUACCAUAGAGGUAAUAAAAGACAUCUUCCCCAGAGAGACAGAGACCUAAUUGUGUCCAUACGCAACACAGUGUAAUAUUACAAGAUGAUAUUUUCUGCUGGCACCAGGGCAGUCAAAAUACAAGACAGAUAGUCACACAAUGGAGACGCACAAUGCAGUUACAUAAGGAGUCUUAUAUAGCAACCAUUUCCUCACAAUAUUUGAAACAACAUGUGACAUACAGUUUAUAAUUUUACUGAUACUUUUACUGAGAGGACUAGACAAUACUCUGGUGCAGUUUUGAAGCAAUUAAAAAGUUGGUAGCACCAGUACUAACAAAAUACAGUUGUAUAUAACUAUUAAAAUAGUUUGUUUUGUAUUUGACUCUCAGUACUGGUAUAAUCACCUUGAUUUAAAGAUUAUGUUUAAAGUGGAUGGGGCUUUCUGUAAUUUUGUGUGAUUUUAUCUGUAAUCUUGUAGCGUUAUCGUUACAGCAGUCUCCUCUUCCAGAGAGCCUGAAAAAUGAUCUUGUGGUUAAUUUCAGAGGAAGAUUGGAUUACAACAAGAGCAUUAAAUUGUAAUUUGAGAAAUCAGCCCAUUUGUUUAUCUAGUCUCUAUAAUGCAAGACACACUAAUCUGUGCCGCUCCUUAUUCUCAAAUAAGUUUUAUUUUCUUAUAUUCAAACUAUACAGUACUGUGCAAAGCUUUAAUGAGAUGUGGCAAUGUUGAUGUUGUUUUUAUAAGCGUGAAUCUGGAUCACUGUUUUGAUCUAGAAUUGUUGAUAGAUUGUUAUAAAAUAGUAUUAUUACAUUUAAGGGGAGCAGGUUUGUGACUGUAUAUAACUAUAUAUCUUGUAGCACUGCAAGACAGGGCCAGUGCCUUAGCAGAGGCCUGUGUUAUCUAAGUGCUUUGGAAAUGUAUAUCCUAGUUUUAUUUUAAUUUGGUGUAUUUUUUUUAUAGAUUGGUUGUUACCUUGUUCUUGUUGGUUCAUUCCGCUAUAAUCUCCAUUGCACAGUACUGUAUUUUGAACAGUUUUACAUGAACCUACUUAUGUCAUGUUUGUGUUGCCAUGAAUACACAUGCUAAUGUUCUAAAUCAGCAGAAUACUGUUUGUGAAGUGACCUGUUUGCAAGAGUGGACAAUUAGCAGCAGUAAAUUAUAGAGAUAAAAUACAGGGAAUAGAAAGGAACACUGGCCAGCUGUGUCACUCUCUUGUCAAUAAAAGAAUAAAACAGCUCAAUGUAACCUAAUUAAAAAAACAUUCUGAG